AUGAAGGGCGCACUAAUCGCCGCAGCUUCGCUGCUUGGCUCUGUGAGCGCCGGCAUACACAAGAUGCCGUUGAAGAAGAUCUCCCUCUCGGAGCAACUGGCUGGCGCCAACAUUGAUACUCAUGUCAAGCACUUGGGCCAAAAGUAUAUGGGUAUCAGACCUGAAGCCCAUGAACAAGAGAUGUUCAAGGACAGCUCCUUGCACACUGAGAAGGGAGCUCACCCAGUCCCUGUCAGCAACUUCUUAAACGCCCAGUAUUUCUCUGAGAUUACCAUCGGUACGCCACCACAAUCCUUCAAAGUCGUUCUCGAUACCGGAAGCUCCAACUUGUGGGUGCCAUCCUCGGAGUGCGGCUCAAUUGCCUGCUAUCUCCACACCAAGUACGACUCAUCCUCGUCCUCUACAUACAAGAAGAACGGUUCGGAUUUCGAGAUCAGAUAUGGCUCUGGAAGCCUGAGCGGUUUCGUCUCCCAAGACACCAUGACUAUUGGCGACCUCAAGAUCAAGGACCAGAUCUUUGCUGAGGCAACCGAAGAGCCAGGUCUUGCGUUUGCAUUCGGUCGAUUCGACGGUAUCCUUGGUCUUGGAUUUGAUACCAUCUCGGUCAACAAGAUCGUCCCUCCAUUUUACAGCAUGAUCAAUCAAGGCCUUCUGGAUGAACCUGUUUUCGCAUUCUACCUUGGCGACACCAACAACGGAGAGGAAUCCGAAGCUACCUUUGGAGGUGUCAACGAGGAUCACUACACUGGUAAAAUGACGACCAUUCCAUUGAGACGAAAGGCAUAUUGGGAGGUCGAUCUUGAUGCCAUUACCUUCGGUGAUGCCACUGCUGAACUUGAAAACACUGGUGUCAUACUUGACACUGGAACCUCCCUAAUUGCUCUCCCAAGCACCCUUGCGGAACUGUUAAACAAGGAGAUGGGUGCUAAGAAGGGAUACAAUGGCCAAUACACCGUCGAAUGUGAAAAGCGUGACAGUCUCCCAGACAUGUCCUUCAAUCUCAGCGGUUAUAACUUCACAAUUACUCCAUACGACUACAUUCUUGAGGUCCAAGGAUCUUGCAUUUCCAGUUUCAUGGGAAUGGACUUCCCGGAACCCGUAGGACCUCUCGCGAUCUUGGGUGAUGCUUUCCUCCGAAAAUGGUAUUCCGUCUACGAUCUCGGUAAGGGCACUGUUGGCCUCGCAGCCAGCAAAGCCUAA